AUGCCACGGCCGCGCUGUCCGCCCCACGGCUCGCCGCAGGAAUGGGCUCCCAGAAGAUUGACAGCUCCUGAAAGCGGGCGACCUGGGCGACCCGCUCGGCCCUCCUCGCCCCACGGGGCCUGGAUCCGCUGGUUGCUGCUGCUCACCCUCAGCCUCCCCGUGUGCGCCCACGCAAGCGUGUUCAAGGUGGGCGUGGUGGGCCCCUGGUCAUGUGACCCGCUGUUCGGCAAGGCGCUGCCGGGCGUGGCGGCACAGCUGGCGGUGGACAGGGCGAGCCGGGACCCCUCGCUGGCGCUGGGCUCCGGCUUGCAGUACGAGCUGCUGGAGGAGGAUUGCCAGACGGCCGCGGCUCUCGGCCGCUUCCUGGGCUUCUCCUCGCGGGUGUCGGCCUUCGUGGGCGUGGUGAACCCGGGGUACUGCGACGCGGCGGCGCUGCUGGCCCGCAGCUGGGGCAAGGCGCUCUUCUCGUGGGCGUGCGUGUGCUGCGAGCCGGACGAGGCGCGCGGACGCUCCACCCUCGCCCACGCCGUGCCACCGCCCACGCAGGUGCUGCUCCGCCUCCUCCGCCACUUCCGCUGGGCGCAUGUGGGCGUGGUCUCCUCGGAGGAGGACAGCUGGGUGGAGACGGGUGGCAAGGUGGCCAGUGCCCUGCGCCGACACGGCCUCCCUGUGGGCGUGGUCACCUCCACUGGCAGCGACCGUGCCAGCGCACGCCAGGCCCUCGCCAGGGUCAAACGGGUGCAGGACCUGCGGCUGGUGGUGCUCUGCAUGCACUCGGUGCUGAUUGGCGGAGAGACGCAGCGGUUGCUGUUGGAAACAGCGCAUGAUAUGCGCAUGACGGAUGGCUCUUUGGUCUUCCUCCCGUACGACACACUGCUGUACAGCCUGCCCUAUCGGGACGAGCACUACUCCGCCCUGAGCAACAACAGCAAACUGCGCCACGCCUAUGACGCCGUGCUCACCGUCACCAUGGAAACGCACCACACCUCCUUCUACCAGGCCUUGCAGGAUGCCAUAGACAGCGGGGAGCUGCCUAAUAGCAUCACACCACGCCAGGUGUCUCCUCUGUUCGGCACCAUCUACAGCUCGGUCAUGCUGCUGGCACAUGCCAUGCAGAGGGUGCGGGACGCGGGGGACUGGCUGUCCGGGGACAGCCUGGCUCGCCACACGCGUGACCUGUCCUUCCACGGCUUCAGCCAGCACAUCCGCACCAAUGGCUCCGGCGUCGGCCUGCUGGACUACGUGCUGCUGGACACCGACGGCCAGUCCUGCCAGCUCCGGCCCACACACCUGCUCGACACACAGGCUGACAUGGUGAGGUUUCUGGGGCGACACAUCCACUUCCCCAACGGGGUCUCCCCCAAAGCUGACUCCAACUGCUGGUUCACCCCGGGCAAGCUCUGCAUUGGCGGUGUGGAUCCUUUCUUUGUGGUCAGCAUCUUCCUCUCUGUCUUCCUCCUCAUCCUCCUCCUGGUUGCCCUGCUGUACUUUGUAAGGCGACGGGUCAACAAGAUCAGACUGGUCAGGGGUCCCAACAAAAUUCUGCUGACGUUAGCGGACGUCACCUUCAUCAACCCGUCGCUAAGCAACAAGAAGCUGAGUUUGGACGACAGUAAAGCCAGCGAUGUGGCGAGGAGCUUGUCAGACCACAGCCUUAAAUCGCCGUACUCCGCCUCCAGUCUCACCCCCGCCACCCACGAGAACUCCAACGUGGCCAUCUACGAGGGAGACUGGGCGUGGCUGAAAAGACUCCCCUCUGGAAAUUUUGGGGCCAUCACCCCAAAAACCAGCGAUGUGUUCGAACUGAUGAAGGACAUGCGGCAUGAGAAUGUGAACCCGUUCCUGGGAUUCUUCCAUGACUGCGGCGUCUUCGCCAUCGUGACAGAGUUCUGCUCCCGCGGCAGCCUGCAGGACCUGCUCAGGAACGAGGACGUCAAGCUGGACUGGAUGUUUAAGACCUCUCUGCUGCUGGACCUCAUCAAGGGCAUGAAGUACCUCCACCACAGGAAUGUGUGUCACGGGCGGCUGAAGUCUCGGAACUGCGUGGUGGACGGCCGCUUCGUGCUGAAGAUCACAGACUACGGCUACAACGAGGUGCUGGAGGCCCAGAGGUUCCCCUACGUGGAGCCGCCCGCAGAGGAGCUCCUGUGGACAGCGCCUGAGAUUCUUCGUGGCUCGCACCCAGGCCUGUACGGCUCGUUGCCAGGCGAUGUGUACAGCUUCUCCAUCAUCGUGCAGGAGGUGGUGAUACGAGGACCGCCCUUCUGUACGCUGGACCUGUCCGCCGAGGAACUCAUCCAGAAGCUGCAGAAGCCGCCGCCCCUGUGCCGGCCCGUCGUGUCCCCUGACCACGCCCCGAUGGAGUGCAUCCAGCUGAUGAAACAGUGCUGGAACGAGCAGCCGGAGAAACGGCCCUGCUUCGACGAGAUCUUCGACCUGUUUAAAAACAUCAAUAAGGGGAAGAAGACGAACAUCAUCGACUCGAUGCUGCGCAUGCUGGAGCAGUACUCCAGCAACCUGGAGGAGCUGAUCCGCGAGAGGACCGAGGAGCUGGAGAUCGAGAAGCAGAAGACGGAGAAACUGCUAACCCAGAUGCUGCCCCCGUCAGUGGCAGAGGCGCUAAAGUUGGGGUGCACAGUGGAGCCCGAGUAUUUUGACAGUGUGACUCUGUACUUCAGCGACAUCGUGGGCUUCACCACCAUCUCAGCCAACAGCGAGCCCAUCGAGGUGGUGGACCUGCUGAACGACCUCUACACUCUGUUCGAUGCCAUCAUCGGGAACCACGACGUCUACAAGGUGGAGACGAUUGGGGAUGCCUACAUGGUAGCGUCAGGACUUCCUGUUCCGAAUGGGAACCGCCACGCGGCCGAGAUCUCCAAUAUGGCGCUGGAUAUCCUGAGCGCCGUCGGCACCUUCAAGAUGAGGCACAUGCCGGACGUGCCAGUUCGAAUCCGCAUCGGCCUGCACACAGGGCCGGUGGUGGCGGGAGUGGUGGGCCUGACCAUGCCCAGGUACUGCCUGUUUGGAGACACGGUCAACACCGCCUCCCGCAUGGAGUCUACCGGGAUGCCUUACCGCAUCCAUGUGAGCCACAGCACAACCCACAUCCUGCAGGAGCUGAAGGAGGGCUACAAGCUGCAGCUCAGAGGACGCACGGAGCUGAAGGGGAAGGGCAUGGAGGAGACCUUCUGGCUCACUGGUAAAGAUGGCUUCACCAAACCGCUGCCGAUCCCGCCAGAGCUGAAGUCAGGGCAAAUGGCUCACGGGCUGCAGAUGGAGGAAAUAGCCCAGUACAAGCGGCGGAAAGCAGAGAAGCAACAAGCAAGCAAGAAAAACUAAAGGCCUGAGAAGCCUGAGCUGAGGCAGCAGCUGCAGGAGGGAGAGGAGGAUCUCACAUGUGCAGCGG